UCAAGUGAUUGUGAAGCUAGGAAUACGAAAACAUAGAAACAAAUAUUUGAAGAAUUUAGCGUAUCGCGAUAACAACGAAUUGUGUCGUUCAGCAAAGUGUGUGUAAAUUGGUAAAUAACUAUUGCAAGCAAUCAAGGCAACCCGGCCAAAUCUACGCAUUUUCGUAAACAUAUUCGGCGGUGAUACAAAGGAGUGCAAAAAACAACAACUUCAGCGUACGAAAAGACAGCGCGAGCCAGAAUCAAAUAUGGCCGUUCGUUCGUCAGCAUCCCCACUUCCAUCAUCGUUGUCGCUGCCUGUUCCAAUACUGGGGACAGUCAGGUCAUCGAUGCAGUAAAAGUUUCCCGGCGGACGGAACCGGAACAGUCCCCAGGGAGAAGGACGGCAAAGGAGAAGCCGCAACGUUAUUCAGGCAGAGUUUAAAAGAUGCCUCAAUGGUUUCUGGUAGUUCAAUGGAAUCAACGACUUUCGAGUAAUCAUCUGCACGACAGCGAUUCCUACUGCAAACUAUUGCCACCACAGUCAAGAUGCAUCUGCAUACGCAAGUCGUCUUGAUAUUAACCCAGCUGUUCCUCAUUGUACGCGUGACGGAUCAGACAAAAUGUGCCCUAACGUCCUCGUACGGUACCGUCUCGGUGAGCUAUUUCGCGACGUUACCGUCCGCGCUGGAAACGGACGCGGAAGACAUAGACGUCGAUGCCGACGUUGGUCGCCACCGGAUCGAUCUGACGCCGCUGGUGCCGACGGCGGACUCGCCGUCUCAAUCCGACUACCCAACCUACAAUGAUGACACCGAAGAUGUAAAUAGCUUUCUGAAGGUGCUGAGCUGUUCCGAUACGAGCUUGCGGGCGGUGAACGAGGAGUACCUGCGGCCGGUCGACUCGUACAAGGGCAUCCUGCUGGAGCGGGUCCCGGUCCAGAGCGUGGCCGCGGACCAUUUGGCGCUAAAGAACGAAAACUACCUGGAGAUAGUGCGCUGGCGCAACAGCAACGUGACCGAGCAGCAGGUGGCCUUGACAUUUGCCCGGGACGAGCGGAAGUUCAGCAACCUGCUGAUACUAGACCUAAGCGCAAACUUACUUAGCACGAUAAGGAGAGACCAUUUUAGCAGACUGGAGCGGCUGAAGCUGCUGCAGCUAUCCGCGAAUCAAUUACACAAUCUUCCGAGUGAUAUUUUCAAUGAUCUGUCAAGCCUGGUCGAGCUGGACCUGCACGGCAAUCGGCUGGGUGAGCUACCGCUGCACCUGUUCCGGCCGCUCGGCAAGCUGCGGGUGCUGAAUCUCGCGAACAAUACGAUCCAUGAUCUUCCGCGGAACAGUUUCGCCGGGCUGGGCAACCUGACAGAGCUGCAUCUCGCGCACAACCGGCUGUACGUGGUACCGUUCCAGGUGUUCAAAGAGCUGCGUUCGCUCGAAGUGCUCGACCUGUCGAGCAACAUGCUCGUCUCGUUUCUGGACAACUUUUUCCUGCUCAACAAGCAGCUGCGUGUGCUGCGGCUGAACGGUAACAUUAUCGAAAAGAUCUCCAAGAACGCGCUGUACGGGUUGCGGCGGCUGCAGUCGCUCGAUCUAUCCGGUAACAAGCUGGUUUUUAUCGAUCGGAACGCGUUCGAUACGCUGGACGAGCUUCGCUACCUAAAUGUAAAUCAAAACCAAAUCUACAUCCUGCCGUCGACCGUGUUCUCGGCGCUCCGGUCACUCCGUUCGCUGGAUCUGAGCAACAACCUGAUGCGUUCGCUGCCGAACUCGAUCUUCGCAAACCAGCGCGGCCUGGUCCGGCUACACCUGGACGCGACCAACCUGGAAUCGCUCAGCAACUGGGUGUCGCGCAACAAUCACACGGUGAACAAGGAAAUUCUGCGUAACCUCCGCUAUUUAUCCAUACGUAACAACACCCGACUGAAGGAGAUCGAAGCGUGCGUGUUCCGCAAUGUGCCGAACCUGGAAACGCUACUCCUGUCGAACAAUAGACUGACAAGCCUGCCGAAGGAAAUUGGCGAGCUGCGAAGGCUGCGCUACCUGGACGUUGGCAGCAACGACAUCAUGUACAUCCCGGAGCAAAUACGCACACUGCACGAGCUGCAGUACGCUAACUUCCUCGACAACGAUUACGGUUGUGAUUGCCACAUGUACUGGAUACUGAGCUGGAUCGAUGAACUGCAGGCGGAGAACAACACGCAGAAAAUCUACGACCUGUUGCGCCUGUCCGAGCUGAAGUGCCGCAACGGGUAUCCAGGUGAUAUUGUGCGCGUUCUGCAGCAUAUCAGCUGUUUCAAGCCGGAGCUGUUGCAAGCGUCCGAAAGCAGAAUGCACCUGCUCAAGUCCGACGCCGUGCUGGAGUGUGUAUUUACCGGGAAUCCACCGCCUGACAUAAUCUGGAUAACGCCCAAAAACGAGAUAUUGCGCCACAGCCAGGAGCAGGAUCAAAAAUCGCUAUUGUUUGAGUCGGAUGACGAUGCUGGCCAUGGUGGUGGCAAUCGGAAGUAUCAGCAAGCGGUCGAAUUUCAAAUGCUUACGAUGGACAACGUGACGGGCGAUGGGCUUCACGAAGGGAUAACGCUGCUUGAGAAUGGAUUUCUGAGGAUUCACAACAUUUCCAGGCGCGAUAGUGGACUGUACACGUGCUAUGCUAUUAAUAUCAUGGGCAAUGCCACGGCUGAUAUUCGUCUCUACAUCGAUCCAAUCGUGUUCUAUCGUGUCAAGAUAGGUAGCAUCAUUACCGGUGCAAUCUCGGCAGCCGCUUUCCUUGCACUGACGCUGAUCUUCCAAGGCAUUCGGCGCAUUUUCAUACGCUUCCGCAUCAUCGAUCUUAUCUGUCAGAACUGUUGCAGUUACUGUUACAAAAACGACAAAACAUCCUCGAAGGCGCGCCAGAUCUACGCCAUGCUCGAUAACAUCGAACACUACAAGAGCCAGCAGCUGGAGCGCUUACGCGACAACUACACGCAACAGGUGCAUCGCAUUAAGGACAACUGCGCGCAGCAGGUUGACUGGAUACAGGGCAGCUACUCGACGCAAGCGAAACAUCUGCGAGAAAUUCGUGACAUUGGAACACACCAUCUGACUACACUGCGCGAUCAGUACUACGAUCAGGUACGCCGUGUACGUGACUAUUCCACCGGUCAGCUGACCUGGGUACGGGAAAACUACGUGUUCCAGCGUAACAAGAUCCGAAAGUUCAGCGCCCACCAGGCGCUUCGAUUGCGCGAAGGUUACAAGUACCAACAGCAAACGCUCAACAAGGUGCUGGAAAAUUUGCCCAGUUUCUACUUCGAGAACUGCCGUGGUCGCAACGAAGAAGAUGAAGAUUUCGAUGGAUUCGAAGUUUAUCUGAAGGCAAAGAUCGAGAAGCUGUCGCAGAUGGAAGGCAACGAAAAUCCUCCAACGAAGGUGUUAAGUUCAGACUACGCGCUGAAGUAUCUCGAAAACUUCUCCACCAAGAGCGUCGACGAGAGCAAAGCGUCGGUGUACUUCACGCCGAACGAUGAUGAUCAUGCCAGCCCGGAACCGCAGAUUUCUCCCAUCCACAUCAAUUACAUUAACGGGCGGCACGCACUGGAGGAUGGUGAAGAUGACGAGGAGGGUAUGACGGCCAGCAAGCUGCCCUUCGGCGCGGCAUUGAUGGCCGCCGGAGAUACACCGAAAUCGUUUAAAUCCAUCAUCGGUGGUAGUGGCUCGAUCGGUGGAGCCGACAUUCCGUUGAAAUCGAUCAUCAAACCAACCACAAGGUUUAUGUACGAUAAGCAUCUCGGCAAAUAUCGCCUCUGCCAUCAGCAACCGAACCGUUUGAGUGGUGGUUAUGCGAACGAUGACGAUCUGCCCGUACCCGACCUUGGUGGCGGAAUACUCGGAAGCCCUCUGCUGAUGGAUGUCGGUGCGGUGAAUGGUGCCGGGUACGAUGGUGCUACGUCACUGCACUACAACGACGGACUGGACGGAGACUCUGCCGACGACGAUCAUCACAACUACAGCCUUAAGAACAAUCGGAAACAUCGACGCAAGAGGAAAAUUUUGCUCGGUUGCAAGGCUGCACCGCUGAACGGCAACAACGGUAGCGGUGGCGGUUCGGGAAGUGGUGGAUCCGGUUCAGCCAGUGCCUGCGAGUAUGAGACUCUGCUUAUGAAAAACUUAAGCCACGAUCCGCGCGAAUCACACUACAAAAUCAUACACAUCAACAAGCUGAAUAAUGGUGUGAGCAAUAGCAGCUACUUCGGUGGUAUGCUGAGUUCGGCGCCGUCGUGUGGUAGCGGCUGGAUGGCCGGACGUGCCGUUAGCCGCAGACACCAUCACCGACCGACGGCAGUUAUGUCAGCGGCGGCAGCGGCAGCUGUUACCACGUCGUCACUCGCCGGAGACAACGAUUAUCACUAUUCGCUGGAGGACAUGAUACAGGACAGCAAUCAGAAGAUACGGCAGUUGAUCUAUGACUCGAAGAUUGAUAUUAUGAAUGAGGUGAUCAAUACGGGAGCUACUGUUGGUGGAGAAACGAGACGGACGUCGGGUGGACGCGGGCGAAACAGUGCCAGCGGUGGGAACAAUAGCAAGAGCAUCAACAAUAUCGAUGGCGCAGGUAGUACUAGUGGAGGCGUCGCAAAUGGUGGCGGUGGUCCGGCAGGAGCACAGAGUAUGGUGGGUUUACCGCACGGUGGCAACAUUCCGGUGAACGAUGAGUAUGAUCUGUGUUGUAGCAGUAGCAGCAGCAGUCGUAACAACAGUUGCAGCACCAGCACCAAUGCAAGUCGCGACAGCUACAAGAAACCGCAUCGUACAGCUGACACGAUGGUAACGCUUGGUCGCGCGGCAGGCUCAUCGUCCGGAUCACCACCGACCGGUGCACCGACCACAGUGUCUCUCGCAAUGGCACAGAGCGGAUGUGGUGGGGCUGGAGGUGGCGCAGGAUCUAACAAUCACCAUCCGGUGAAGAAGAUCCACAAGCUUCAUUUCGAUUCCAGCACCAAUCGUAUCCAGCAGAGUACUAGCCUUCCGGAGAUCUACUUCGAUACGUUACCGCCACGCACAGUUUCGCCGGUUACUUCGGGCCGAAUGAACGGGACGACCUCGAUGGCGGAACCGGCCCCGGGGACGAUUUCCCCCAACCAGACCGGUUCAACCAUUUCGUCCACAUUUUCCAGCGCGUCCGGUUCAGUCGGUGGCGGAAAACUGGAGGAACCCCCGUUGGUGGGUGGUCCACUGGUACAACAGCAGCCAGCUAAAGUGCACGGUGGUAAACAUGUGAUUUUAGCAGUAGAAAACAAGGAAAGUGCCACCGGUGGUAGUAGUGUUGAGGCGCCGCUACCGAACAAAAGCUGGCAGUCGUCGACUGAACCGAAUGGCGGAACAGGUUGUGGCAGCUCAUCAAAGUCCUCGUCUCCAUCAUCGGUAUCAUCGUCCGUGUCCCCAUCACCACCAGCGUCGCCUAUCGAGUCAAAUAUCAAUGCUAAUGAUAAUAGUAGUAUUUGUAGCAGUACGAAAUGCAAGCAUUAGUGGUAGGAAAUGAUUGUAGGAGCGCACUCAGGAGCGCCGAGCAUUAGUUCGAAAUGUGGAUGUAUGUUUGUAUGUACGCGCAUCACACGCUCACACUAUUUCAUAUCGCAUCCAAGCAAGCUACGGAAAUAGGGGGUAGUAGCGUAACGCAUUUCAGAUGGAAGAUUUGAAUAUUCCUAUCAAAAACAAACAUUCUCCCAAACCGUACCAAACAAUGUGGGUCGCUUAAAGCGAAGGACCGGCCUUAAAGGAGACCCCAUUUGGCAACCGAAAUUGAAAGGGUACGAGGGUACACAAUAGAAACUCCCAAUCUCCAAGGCCGAUUCAGAAUGUCAUACGGAAGGAGAAGGAUCCGUUUGCUUGGAUGGACCUUAAAAAAAUCGAACAUACCACUCAAUCCCCUCUCAAUGAGAUCACACAUUAUUGCUUUGCAGCAUAUGGGGAUUGUGUUUGUUCAGUGAACAAGAUCCGUGGCGUGCAUGUGUGUGUGUUAGUGAGAAGAAAAAAAUGAAACAAAAGAGAGCGCUUUUAUAAACAAACGGAUCACAUAUUUUCAAGAUGGCGUGCAUCACUAAAAACAAAGAACAGAAUUUAAAUGCACAUAUAUCCAGACAACAAAAAAGGGGAAGAAACAAUGCUUCCUUAAAAAAAAACAAGAAUGUAUUGUUGUGCUCCUAACCCCCCUCCCACUCAAUGCCCACACAGCUACAUGCAAAUGCGACUGCGUGAAAGUGAAAGAUAAUACUAUCAUUAUUACUAUGAUUAUGAUUCUAUACAUAUACAUACCUAUAUAUACAUACAUAAAUAUAAAUAUACAUCUAUAUCUCUGUUUAUAAUAAACUAGGAAAAGAAGGGUUAAAAAAUGGCACACGACGGGGGUUAGAUGCGUGCUGAACGUGAUAGAAUUUCAAAUGGGAUCUGGGUUUAACAAAAUAUUAGAUUACAAAUUACACACUUUUCCUUGUGCGGACGAGAUGGGAACGUUACACUGGGUAAGGUUGAUAUGCAAAAAAAAAACAGGGAACGCCGGAGAGUAAGAAAGCUGUGCGCAGAGAGAGGUGGAAAAGUGGGAAAAGCGAAUGAGGGAAAAGGGAAAAAAGUCAAAAGGAUUAAGACAAGGCAGAAAGGCAGAUAUGUAUUAAAUCUUUUCAUAUUAAUUAGAACUCAUUUUAUCACUUACCAGGUGGACAAAUGCAGAUAAAAGGAAAACAAAACAGAGGUGAAGAAAUGAAGCAAAUUACUAGACAAACACCCACACACAAAUUGAAAUUCAUAUUCACCAAACUAUCAGGAAUGAUGAUGCGCUCGCGUGUAUACUUUAACUAUUUAACUCUUCCUUUGUUUCACAAGGUUAGAGUUGAAAAACAGAAGAAAGAAAGAAACGAAUGUGCAAGCAAAAUCUGUGCAGGGACACUGAAAUGAGAAAAUUUAACAAUUCUUAUUGAAAUUAAUUUUACAAACGGAUGCUAUAAACAGAAUCCUCUAAAACGCCCCUGGCACACCCCCAGGCGGGUUGGCUAAACAACAAAAUGCAAAACGAAAAGAAAACAUUUGUUACAAAAAAGAGAAGUUUUAGAAGCGGACGAAACAUUAAUGUUGCUAAAUAGUUCAUUAAUAAAGUAAUAACAGAGAGCACACAGAGAACAGAGGAAAAGAAUAAGGAAACAAACAAACAAACAAAACAGAUAGCGAAAAAAGCACACUAAAUCAAGUGAUGGUAAAUUGUUGAACUACGGAAAGCAAAAACAUACGGAUAACUAAACGAGUAACACAAAAUGGAAAUGUUAAGAAACACACGCAUCAGAAUUUGCACUGUUGAUGAGACUAGCAUAUGACCGUUACUAACUACCAUUACUACUACUACCACACUACCAAAAACUACUUCACUGACUGUGUGAAAAUAUGUUGGAAUAUUAUCAUUACUGCUGCUGAUUUGAUGAACGCGCAAGGACAUUCUUAAUUCCUGGCUGGAAAAACGGAAACAAGCGUGGGUGAAAGGAAAAAAAAACAAAAUGGCAAAAUGAUGGACAAUUAAAUAAAGCGUAAA